UAUAGCACCCCUCCCCCCAUACUUUGCUGGGAUAACGCGAUGAAUUGGACAUACUAGUCCGUUUGUAUAGUUGUAUUUUUUUUGGCUUUCGCAAUGGCAAAUGGCCCCUUUAUGGGAGCCAUUGGACUAUGUUUUUGUAUAAUUAUCACAUGGCUGCCUAUCACGUGGCAAGAGCAUCCUUCUUUCAUUCAUCCCGUUCAUGCCGCUAUCACUGCUUUUUUCAUUGCUGGCAUUGUCCUACUGGCAAUUAGUAGAACCAAUAUUCCUACCCGUUUAGGGAGAGGACGUGGAGGAGCUGGUAGAGAGUAUAGGAGUCAUGGCGGCGGCAUAUCAGCUACGCCAGCUCGAAUUGCUAUUGCCCCAGCACAACUCACUCCCCAAAGGCGGAGACUAGUCUUCAGCCUUCUUGUUUUCUGUACUGUUAUCCGUGUGGGGACGUUGAGAAAAAUAUCCGAAGCAGCUCAAUGCUCAGCAAGGGAUCUUGAGGUUAUAUCUCUCCCUAUUAUAUUCGCCAUAUAUGAUUUCGUCACUAGUCCGCCGAAUUAUAAUGCGGAUGAUAUAAGAGAUUCUAUAUCAAACAGCGCGUUAGAGGACCUAUUCGAUACAAUAAGAUGGUCACGGGUCCGCUACAUCGUUCCUACGAUCCUGUUAACUCUGGGAAUAUAUCUCACCUCUUCGCGAUUACCGUCUGCUUUUGUAUGUUCCCAAGCAUUGAAUCAGCGCAGCUACACUAUUUGUCUCCAAGUUGUGGGUAUUGGUUUAGAUUGCAUUAUCAUUGUCGUAUUGUCGCAGUUGUUGGCUGGCUGCAAUGACGACAAACGGAGAACAAGUAUGCUUGGAUAUAUCAUGAUGGCAUCUGCUGCUUUACUCUCAGCCGCAGCGUUUUUAUAUCUAAUUGUUCACCCCUUUCAAAUCACGGCAAUACUUUCUACGCCAUCAUCAUUUAAAUACAGCAUUUUCAUCGAUGGAAUGGCACUUACAGCACUUAUAUUCUGUGUCGCCUAUCUCAAUUCGGACCUAAGGCCUUUCGCAGUUGUCAUGACCAUUGUUUUCACGACAGUCAUGGCCCCAUUAGUGGCUAAUGCUUGGUCCGAGAAGCGCCCGUUUCCGCCGCAGUCAGAUACUUCCAGGAUUCUAGGGGUUGCCUCACUUGUUUUUGGAUACAUGAGUUUUAUUAUAAUAUAUAAAUACGGGGAGGCUGCCAAACAACCCCAGAAUAUCUUGAACCGAGUUCAUGCUAUUUUUUAUAUCCUACUGGCUGUAGCGUUUAUCUACACGGAAACAGUCUUUAUUUGGCGAAGUAAUAAGGCUGGCUUCCACCCUGUCCGCCUGCUUGUGUACCAAGGCCAAGUUAAUGCUAAUGCCUGGUCCAAACAAGCCUCUUCGAGCAAAAAUCUCACAGCGGCCGUUGACGAGUACAAAUCUCGAUACCAUCGACUUCCACCUCCAAACUUUGAUAAAUGGUUUGAGUAUGCUAAAGAUCGGAAUUGCACCACCAUUGACGACUACGACCAGAUCUAUGAAGACCUUCUCCCAUUCUGGGGUGUGAAGCCUGCUUUGAUUAGAAAACAGUCUACCAUUAAGCGCAAAAAUAGUAGCUUUAUCAGCAUCCAAAUCGAUAUGGGGAAAGUGAACACAGUGCACGUUUCGGAGGAAUACUCGCACCUGGACGAUCCUAUCAUCAACAUGAUCAAAUCUUUUGCUACUUGGCUCCCUCAAAUGCAAAUUGUCCUAAACCCCAGCCCGUCGCCACAGAUUGCAUUGCCUCGUUCUUCUCUAGCAAAGCUCGAAUCUGCUGGGCAUCGAUCUGAGCAUAUUGAAGAAAGGGAGACAAUUAUCACUACAUGGGCCACCCUAUCAAAAUGGGGCCCUUUGACGGCCGUUGAAAGCGGACUACCAGUCCCGCCAAUGGCUAGACAUAUUUCUCGAUGGGACGCUUAUAUGGCACCCACGUGCUCCUCGAACUCGCCCGCGCGCUCACAUCCGCACUCAUCUCGUACCCUCUGUACCUCAUGCUUCGCAUCUUAUUCCGCCGGACAAUUUAUACGCGAUAUAUCUCACUCACUCGACCCUUGCUUGCAGUCUGACCUUCGCACGGUUUCCUCCUUUCUUUCCUCGCCAGCCACAGUUCCUAACACGGGCUACCCUGCCGACAAACUCAUACCCAUAUUCAGCUCGCGGAAAAUUGAAGGGUACAACGAUAUUCUAUUUCCGCUUCCAGGGACAUAUGUUCCCUCUGGCCCAGCCUCUAACCCAGAUCUCUCACUUUCCGUCCCAGGUCAAAAACCUUUCGCCGAACUGCGGGAUGUGCUAUAUUGGCGCGGCGAGGCUCCGCCGUCUGGGUUAGGAGCGCAUAGUUGGCAAGGGGUCAGCGAGCAGCGCCUCGUUACACUAGCCCACCAAGCGCCGUCCAACUAUAAGAUCCCGAUUCUAGUACCUUUUGACACUGAGGGCAAAAAACAUGAGUACGGGUAUGUCAGACUGGCGGCGAUCUCUGACCAAAUACAAGUCGACGCUGGUUUUACCGGAGUUCCAGAGAAGAACUGUCACCGGGAAGAAGAGUGCCAGGAACAGCGCAAACAUUUUGGUACCAAUGCGACGCUUAGUGAUAGCGACGAAGAUAGGUAUUCCAGUCGAUACAUACUCACGACCGAUGUCUCUGAGCCAAAAGAGUUUUUAAAGAACGUUGUCUCUGGCUCAGUUGCCGUACGGUCUGGGAUCUUCAAGAGUUGGUACGAAAAACGUCUUACGCCUUGGAUACAUUAUAUACCACUCGACAUGCGCUGGCAGGGCCUGCACAGUACGAUGGCAUAUUUUAUGGGGCUUUCUGGGACGGUGAAAGGGGAGCAGGUCAGUAUGGACGCCCAAGUGAGGGAAGCAAAGUUGAUUGCCGAGCAAGGGAAAGCGAGGGCAGAGAGUAUGGUUAGAGAGGCCGAUGCAGAAGUAUAUCUCUUCAGGCUACUGCUUGAAUGGGGGAGGAUUGUUGAUGACUACCGGGAUGAGGUUGGGUUUGUUCUAAAGGAAUAAGAAUUUGGAGUUAAAUAUUUAUAGAAUAUAUUUGGUGUAUAUUAAA